AAUCCAUCAUUUACACUAGUAUAAACCUACAAGUGACCCAUGACUCGUGCUGCAGAAGAAGGCGAUCUUUGACAACAGUCAUUAAAGUAGCCUCAUUAGAAAUUUUCACAAGCAAACAUCCAGAGCCACCUUAAAAAAGCAUCAUGAAAGAAACUAAGAAACCAGCUGCAACUGAGAAAUUCUGCUGUAUUUCUAAGCUUAAGGUAUUUCUGCUGGCAUCAUCACUUGCAUAUCUAGCUAAAACUAUGUCUGGGGCUUACAUGAAUAGCAUGCUCACACAGAUAGAGAGAAGAUUUAAUAUUCCAGCCUCUCUGGUGGGCAUUAUUAAUGGAAGCUUUGAAAUUGGAAACUUGUUGGUGAUAGCAUUUGUGAGUUACUUUGGUGCAAAACUUCAUAGACCAAGAAUAAUUGCUUUGGGGUGCACAGUUAUGUCUUUUGCCUGUCUUUUGAUAUCACUACCUCACUUUCUCAUGGAACGGUAUCAGUAUGAAACUGCCCUUUCACCAUUAGAGAAUUCUUCAUCAAGCAUGUCCAUGUGUCUCAUAAAUCAAAGCCAGUCCUCCACACAUAUGUAGAAACAACCAGCAGAGUGCGAACAAAAGUCUGGGUCCUUGAUGUGGGUGUUUGUGUUGGUAGGAAAUAUAAUACGGGGCAUUGGUGAAACUCCCAUCAUGCCGUUAGUCAUUUCAUAUGUGGAGGAUUUUUCCAAAACAGAAAAUUCACCUUUUUACAUAGGGUGCCUACAGGUAGCAACUGUGAUAGGUCCUUUUCUUGGUUUAAUGUUGGGAUCAUAUUGUGCACAGCUGUAUGUGGAUCUGGGAUUCACAGAUAUAGAAGAGGUGACUCUAACACUUACUGAUGCCCGUUGGGUUGGAGCAUGGUGGCUAGGCAUUCUGAUUUGUGGAUCAGUAAGUCUGCUCGCUGGAAUACCUUUUUGUUUUCUGCCCAAAUCCCUUCCAAAGGAGGGACUAGCAAAUGAGACUGAGUCAUUAAGUAUGAGAAAUACAUCAUUGCUACAAGAGAGAGGUGCUGGAUGGAAAGUGCAUGAAAUCACUAAAGAUUUCAUCCCAUUCCUCAGGAGUCUGUUUCACAAUCCAGUUUAUAUGUUGUUUAUAUGCAUAACUGUGAUGCAGUUCAGUGCUUUCAAUGGUAUGAUAACCUUCAUGCCAAAAUAUUUGGAACAACAGUAUGGGAAAUCUGCAUCACAGGCCAUCUUUUUAAUAGCUGUUUACAACUUACCAGUUAUAUGCAUUGGAUAUUUUCUUGGAGGCUUUCUAAUGAAAAAAUUCAAAAUAAGUACCAUUCAAGCUGCCAACAUAGCCUUUUGGAUCUCUUUAACUGAAUACCUAAUCUACUUUGCUGCUUAUUUCACGGUCUGUGAAAAUUCUCCAGUUGCUGGUCUAACAGUCUCCUAUGAAGGAAAAGAACAAGUCUCAUACAUGGAAAUAACCCUACUUGCUGACUGCAACAGGGAUUGUGAUUGCUCAAUUAAAGUGUGGGAGCCUGUUUGUGGGGAGAAUGGAAUAAUGUAUGUUUCACCUUGUCUUGCUGGUUGUAGAGCUUCAGAUGGAACAAGAAAAUAUACAGUAUUUGAAAAUUGCACCUGUGUUGCAGCUUCUGGAUUUUCAUCUGGAAAUGUCUCUGCGGUUCUGGGUCAGUGUGAGAAAGAAGCAAACUGUGACAUGAUGCUUCAGUACUUUUUAAUAUUAUCCAUAGUCUGCAGCUUCAUUUAUUCCUUAGGAGCCAUGCCUGGCUAUAUGGUUUUAAUAAGGUCUCUAAAGCCUGAAGAAAAGUCAUUUGGUGUGGGUAUCCAUACACUUACUUCAAGAGCAUUUGCUGGAAUUCCAUCUCCCAUUUAUUUUGGAGCUUUGAUAGACUCAACAUGUUUGAAAUGGGGAACUCUGAGUUGUGGUGGUGAAGGAGCAUGUAGGAUGUAUGACAUUGUUACAUACAGAUGGUACUACCUGGGACUGCCAGCGAUAUUACGUGGAGUGUCCUACGUCCCAAGUGUGUUAAUUCUCCUCAUUUUAAAGAAACAACUUAAAUCUUCUGACGGAAAGACCUUAAAGAGUUCACCAAUGGCAAUGGAGAACAUAGAUGAGCAAAAUGACUGAACAGAGAAGCAUUCAAGCUCAGACUUUUGCAGGGCACAUCAUGAGACAGCCCCAUAGUGUAAACUUGAACAGAUCUUUACUAAUAAUUGGUGACUGAAACUAUUGAACACUUGGACUGAGACUAAUAUAAUUACACAUAGCUAGUCCUCAGUUCUCUUCUUAAAAAUAUCAUAUAGAAGACAGUACACAGGAAAAAAGUGUGUGAAUGUUAUAAAAGAAUGAAACUCUCAGUUUUAUAAUAACAUAGGAAAUGACAGAGGCUAAUGAUCUGAGGAUAGUACUGUGAAUCAAAAACAGCUGAGGUAAAAUCCUGCCUCUAUUGAAGUCAGCGGAACUUUUGCCAUGGAGUUCAAUAGGGCCAGGAUUUCAUUCUUGAAUUCUACAUCCAGUUCAGUCACAACCUCACUUUGUGAUCUUAGGCAAGUCAUUUAACUCUCUGUGCCUCAGUUUCCCAAGAUGCAGGUAAUACUUAUUUAUCCUGUUGUGAGGUGUCAUAGCCAUGGUCAAGUUCCUCUUGCUGGACACUCACAGCUUGCUGUUUUUGGUUGCCAGCACUGGACCUGUGUACUUCUGGCUUGCUGAGUCCAAGCAGAAUCCAGGCAAUGCCUCUGGCUUUGGGUCUCUAGGUAGACGCUCAGAGUACAGAUCCUGCAUUUAGCAUUCAUUUCUGAGAGCUGGGACUUUGCAGUCAACUGUUUAGGUCUUGAGACUAAUGCCAGCUACCUGAGUAGCUUAAGCACACAUUUUCCAGAGCUCCAACCUUUCAGACAGUUUACCUCUUCAAGGACACAGUGCAAAUAGACACAGGGAUCACAGAAAGAUUUCUAACACAAUGACUUUUUUCUUUAGACUGCACAAAAGAUACAUAGAUUUAGGAAAAUAAGACGCACUUCCACAUGAAUCCCUGUCUUAUUUCCUCACCACUCUUGAGAUUUCUUUGGGAUGUGAGUCGGUGUCCUUUCAGGAUCCAAGGAGGUCUCCUCUGUUGGCCAUAAACCUCCAGUUCAUGACUUCUCCUUCAAAUCAUAGAGUCUCUCUGAUCUCUGCUGUCCGUUUUCUUCAGCUUUGGCUGGUCCUACAGUCAACAGGUCCCCUCUCCCUCCUAAAGCCAGUCUCUUUGUUCCUCUUUGUCUCUUUGAGUCUCUCUGUAUUUGUAAAAGGCUGUACCAAGACCUCAGUCUCUUUGUUCUCCCUCUAGGGAAAUUCUACUGCUCGCCUCCCAACUCCCUGUAGACAAGUCAUGUCCAACUGGAUCUUCUAGAUUUCAGCCAUCACAUUGUUUUAAGGUGCUCUCAUUUGAAUGUGAAGUAUUUAUGUUAUUGACUCUCUAUUGUCCCUGGUUUGGAAGGGAUGUGGCACCAACCCUGAUAGCAUAUGACUGACUUAACAUCCACUGAAGUAUUCAAUGAUAUAGCUGCUGCUGCUUCAUCCCCUUAUCCCAUCAACCAGGGUUGAGUUAUCAUGAAAGUAUCAGCCAUCUUCAUCUGUCUGAAGUGGCAUUAAGGUCCAGCUGUUUACCAUCUUUUUUGAUGAAAUCCAUCUCAACACUUGCUCAGCUUUCCUUGGGGUCUCUGUCCUACCUCCCUUUCCUCCCCUGAUAUCUUCACUAGGUCCCCUCCAUUCAUCUUCUGCAUGUGUCCAAACCAAUGAAGUUGCUGUCUUUCAUGACAUUGGGCUUCAUUGCCUGUGCAGGUCACUGCUUUUUGUCUGACUCUUUGUCUGACUGCUACUCUCCCUGACCCUUUAGAGGUCAGUUCAGAUGC